CCUGCUCCCACUGGGCUGUGACCACAGCGUCCCUGCUUCCACCAGGCUGCUGGACCUUCCUCUUAGCCUUGUGCCCAGCCCUGCUUAUGAUAGGGCAACCUCAGGAGCGCCCUGCUGAGGUCUCUGAUAGUAUAAGCCAAUCCAAGCACAAGAAAGGGAACUUUGGGAACAUUCUGCAUAGACAGCCUGGCAGCUAGGUGGUGGGAGGGGCUGGGCAAUGUGGCCUGGGCACAGGCUAGGAGGGAAGAGUGUUCCUCAGUGUAGAAUGGUUUGCCCCAUAACCUAACCACACUUUGAGUUCCUGCUUGAGGACCAGUGGAUUUGGGGAAAGCCUGCAGGAGAGAAAAUUCCAGGAGAUGGCCUGCCUCCCACAGCUUUCUAGGACUUAGUGCUGGAACCAGGGAAGUGUGCGUGAGUCUGUGUGUGCGGGUAUCUAAUAUGAGUGAUGUGUGUCUGUCUCUGGUGGGUGGGUAUGAGGUGUGUCGAUGCAGUGUCUGUAGAGGGCAGAGCUUUGUAUGUGGUGUCUGAACAUAGAUACGUGUGCCCUGGGUGGCGUGUUUAUGUUUGUGUGUAUGUUGUAUGUGUCUGUAUAUUUGUGUGUAUGUAUCUUCUGUGUGCAUAGGUCAUACCUGCAUGUGUCUGUGUGUGCAAGUGCUCCUGUGUUUGUGUGGAGAUGCGUGCAUUCAGGGUAGGUGGUAUGUGUAUAUGUAUAUGGUAUAUGUGAGUGGUACCUGCUGGUGCGCUGGCACCCGAUUGGGUUAGGGUGGCCCCUGGUUGGUGUGGGUGCCGUGACAGAACAGAGUUAAAGCAAAGGGUGGGAUGGGAAGAAUGCCGAGGAGGGACCACAGUGCUAGGGGCCUGAGUGGGCCCAGACGCCCAUGGGGCUCCUUUCUAGGUGACCUUUCCCAGGCCCCUCGGGUGCCUGGCUCUGCUGCCCUCCCCCUCCCUGUGUGGGCUCUGAGGAGGCGUCCUCUGUGGAAUGUGUUUGGUGGCUGAGGGCCAGGCUGGGCUGGCCUCCACCAGCAGGCUGGGGAGUGCGGAGGGGAGCCUAGGGCUCCCGCAUGCCUGCAGCCCGGCCCCGGUUUUAUACUCUGCUUUCCCCCACUGGCUAGGUGACUCCUGCUCAGGUCAUGCUGUUAUCGCCUGAUCCAUCCAGCCCUGCCAGGUGACCAUGCCUGUCCUCGGCCCAGUUCUUCUGCAGGUGCUCUGGGCCGGGUGUGUCUUCACCCUACCGUCCCCUCUACCAGCUGCUUUCACUGCCAAUGGCACACAUCUACAACACUUGGCAAGGGACCCCACCUCAGGUACCCUUUAUGUAGGGGCCACCAACUUCCUGUUCCAGUUGAGCCCUGGGUUGCAGCUGGAAGCCGUGGUGUCCACAGGCCCUGUGAAUGACAGCCGAGAUUGUCUGCCACCUGUGAUACCUGACGAAUGUCCCCAAGCCCAGCCUACUAACAACCCAAACCAGCUGCUCCUGGUCAGCCCAGAGGCUCUGGUGGUGUGUGGGAGUGUUCACCAGGGCAUCUGUGAACUAAGGAGCCUGGGACAGAUCGGGCAACUGCUGCUAAGGCCAGAGCGGCCUGGGGACACCCAGUAUGUGGCUGCAAAUGACCCUGCAGUUAGCACAGUGGGACUAGUUGCCCAGGGAUUGGCGGGGGAGCCGCUCCUGUUUGUGGGGCGGGGAUACACCAGCAGGGGCGUGGGCGGUGGCAUUCCUCCCAUUACAACCCGGGCCCUGCGACCACCGGACCCCCAAGCUGCCUUCUCUUAUGAAGAGACAGCCAAGCUGGCAGUGGGCCGCCUCUCUGAGUACAGCCACCACUUUGUGAGUGCCUUUGUACGUGGGGCCAGUGCCUACUUCCUGUUCCUGCGGCGAGACCUGAAGGCCCCUUCUAGAGCUUUCCGUGCCUAUGUGUCCCGCGUGUGCCUUCAGGACCAGCAUUACUACUCUUAUGUGGAACUGCCCCUGGCCUGCCAGGGUGGGCGCUAUGGUUUGAUCCAGGCCGCAGCUGUUGCCACAUCCAAGGAGAUGGCCCGUGGGGAAGUGCUCUUUGCCGCCUUCUCCUCCGUGGCUCCUCCCACUGUGGACUGGCCCCUGUCGGCAUCUACUGGGGCGUCUGGAACCUCUGUGCUCUGUGCCUUCCCCCUGGAUGAGAUAGACCAGCUUGCAAACUAUACUCGAGAUGCCUGUUACACCCGGGAAGGCCGCGCUGAGAACGGGACAAAGGUGGCUGACAUUGCGUAUGAUGUCCUUUCUGACUGUGCACAGCUGCCAGUGGAUACCCCGGAUGCUUUUCCCUGUGGCUCAGACCACACACCCAGCCCCAUGGUCAGCUGUGUCCCUUUGGAAGCCACCCCAAUUCUGGAGCUGCCGGGGGUUCAACUAACAGCUGUGGCGAUCACCAUAGAGGAUGGACACACCAUCGCUUUCCUGGGUGACAGUCAAGGACAGUUGCAUAGGGUCUACUUAGGCCCUGGAGGAAGUGUUGCCCCGUACUCUACCCAGAGCAUCCAGCCGGGAUCUGCCGUGAGCAGAGACCUUACCUUUGAUGGUACCUUCGAGCAUCUGUAUGUAGCGACCCAGACUACUCUUGUGAAGGUUCCUGUGGCCCCUUGUGCUCAGCGUCUGGACUGUGACUCUUGCCUUGCCCACAGGGACCCUUAUUGUGGAUGGUGUGUCCUCCUGGGCAGAUGCAGCCGCCGGUCGGAGUGCACAAGGGGCCAGGGCCCAGAGCAAUGGGUGUGGAGCUUCCAGUCGGAGCUGGGCUGUCUUCAGGUGGUGGCUGUGAGCCCUGCCAAUAUCAGUCGUGAGGAGAAGAGGGAGGUUUUCCUAUCGGUGCCAGGCCUGCCGUCUCUUUGGCCAGGGGAAUCGUACUUCUGCUACUUUGGAGACCAUCAAAGCCCUGCUCUACUGACUCGUUCUGGUGUGAUGUGCCCCUCCCCAGACCCUAGCGAGGCUCCGAUGCUGCAGAGAGGAGCCGACCAUGUCUCCGUGAAUGUGGAGCUCAGGUUUGGUGCCGUGGUGAUCGCCAACACUUCCGUCUCCUUCUAUGACUGUAUGGCAGUUACUGAGUUUUUCCCGUCUGCGCCGUGCCGGGCCUGUGUGAGCAGCCGCUGGGGGUGUAACUGGUGUGUGUGGCAGCACCUGUGUACACACAAGGCCUCGUGUGACGCCGGGCCUAUGGUGGCAAGCGAGCAGAGCCCACUUCUGUCCCUAGUUCCUCCUGCAAGGGAUGUACUCACCCCUUUCCCACCCACAGUCCCCAAAGCCACAGUUACCCCUACACCCAACACCUUCCCAGCGGAGCCUAGGGCUCCCUCCAUAGCUCCAGAUGUCCUACCUGGGGCCAGGCCUUCCCGGCUCAGCCUCUGGGGCCCGUGGGUGGGUCCUGGCCCCAUACUUUCCCCCACGUCCACAGAGACACCUGUGCAUGAGAAGCCCCUCCUUCCUGACCUCCCUACCACACCUGGAACCAUUGUCCCUGCCCCUACUGACUUGGGACCAGUGACCACACCUGAGGACCUCUCGGCCUCCUACCCAUUCCCCUCAGAUGCAGCCACAGUGUCCCCUGCAGAGCCUGGCCCUGAGGCCCUGCCUUCCUCCGUGGCUCUGGACCAGCCCCCUGGCACUGCUCCAGCCACCACUUUCCCAGGGGCCACUGGCUCCAUGAAGCCUGUUCUGGAUUGGCUCACGAAAGAAGGCGGCGAGCUGCCCGAGGCGGAUGAGUGGACAGGUGGUGACACGCCCGCCUUCUCCACUUCCACACUCCUCUCAGGUGAUGGAGACUCAGCAGAGCGCGAGGGCUCUCCUGCCCCCCUCAUCCUCCUGUCCAGCCUCGACUACCAGUACGACACCCCCGGGCUCUGGGAGCUGGGAGAGAUGAGUCAGAGGGUGAGCUCCUGCCCCUGUGUGGAGAAUGUUCAAGGCUCCUUGCUGAUACCGGUCCACGUGGAGCGAGAAGUCCAACUUCGCGGCAGGAACCUGUGGCUCUUCCAGGAUGGCCCGUGGAACAGCGAGUGUGUGAUGGAGCUGGAGGGCCUCGAGGUGGCGGUUGAGGCCCAGGUCGAGUGUGAGCCACCUCCAGGUGCCUGGUGUCACAUCAAGUGCCAGCAGCACCAGUUCAGCUAUAAGGCUCUGCAGCCGGAGCUCCAGGUGGGGCUGUUCCUGCGCUGGGCAGGUGGCCUGCGUGUGGACAGUGCUGAUGGGCUGUACGUGAUACUGUACGACUGCUCUGUGGGACAUGGGGACUGCAGCCGCUGCCAAACUGCCAUGCCCCAGUAUGGCUGUGUGUGGUGUGAAGGGGAACAUCCACGUUGUGUGGCCCGGGAAGCCUGUCAUGAGGCUGAGACUGUGGCCACUCAGUGCCCUGCGCCUCUCAUUCACUCGGUGGAGCCACUGACUGGACCUAUAGACGGAGGCACCCGCGUCACCAUCAGGGGCUCCAACCUGGGCCAGCAGGUCCAGGAUGUGCUGGACAUGGUCAGAGUGGCUGGAGUGCCCUGUGCUGUUGAUGCUGGGGAAUACGAGGUCUCCAGCAGUCUUGUGUGCAUCACCGGGACCAGCGGGGAGGAAGUGGCUGGCGCUGUGGCAGUGGAGGUGGCUGGAAGAGGACACGGUGUCUCAGAGUUCAACUUUGCCUACCAGGAUCCAAAAGUACACUCCAUCUUCCCAGGCCAUGGCCCGAGAGCCGGGGGCACCCGCCUCACUCUUCAUGGUUCUAAGCUCCUGACUGGGCGGCUAGAGGACAUUCGUGUGGUGAUUGGUGACCAGCCUUGCCACUUGCUCCUGGAGCAGCAGUCUGAGCAGCUGUACUGUGAGACCAGCCCGUACCCCGUGCCUGCUGCGCUGCCAGUGGCUGUGUGGUUUGGGACCACUGAGCGGACACUGCAACACGGCCAAUUCAAGUACACAUCGGACCCGAACGUCACCUCUGUGGGCCCCACCAAGAGUUUCUUCAGCGGAGGACGUGAGCUAUGGGUCCGUGGCCAGAAUCUGGAUGUGGUGCAGACGCCAAAAAUCCGAGUAACUGUGGUACCAAGAACGCUAGAGCCUGGCCAGGGGCUUGGACAGAGGCAUCAUGGGGUCCCUGAGAAAUUUGAGGAGCCCUGUCUCGUGAACUCCUCCCAUCUUAUCAUAUGCCGCACACCGGCUCUCCCGGGCCCGCCGGAGGACCCCUGGGUCCAGGUGGAGUUUAUCCUGGACAACGUGGUCUUCGACUUUGCCGCACUGAGCCCCACCCCCUUCUCCUAUGAGGCUGACCCCACUUUACGGUCUCUCAACCCUGAGGACACCAGCGCACCCUUCCGGCACAAGCCAGGGAGUGUGUUCUCUGUGGAGGGGGAGAAUCUGGACCUCGCCAUGUCUAAGGAGGAGGUGGUGGCCAUGAUAGGAGAUGGCCCCUGUGUGGUGAAGACACUGACCCGGCACCACCUGUACUGUGAGCCCCCUGUGGAGCAGCCCCUGCCACAGCAGCACGCCUCCCAGGAGACACCAGAUGCUUUGCCUGAGUUCACGGUACAGAUGGGGAACCUGCGCUUCUCCCUGGGUCGUGUGCAGUAUGAUGGCGAGAGCCCUGUGGCUUUUCCCGUGGCAGCCCAGGUGGGUCUGGGAGUGGGCACGUCUCUCCUGGCUCUGGGUGUCAUCAUCAUCGUUCUCAUCUACAGGAGAAAGAGCAAGCAGGCCCUGAGGGACUAUAAGAAAGUGCAGAUCCAGCUGGAGAACCUGGAGAGCAGUGUGCGGGACCGCUGUAAGAAAGAGUUUACAGACCUCAUGACUGAGAUGACUGAUCUCACCAGUGACCUCCUUGGCAGCGGCAUCCCCUUCCUUGACUACAAGGUGUAUGCGGAGAGGGUCUUCUUCCCUGGGCACCGGGAGUCACCCUUGCACAGGGACCUCGGUGUACCCGACAGCAGGCGACCCACUGUGGAACAGGGCCUGGGGCAGCUCUCCAACCUGCUUAACAGCAAGCUCUUCCUCACCAAGUUCAUCCACACGCUGGAGAGCCAGCGUACCUUCUCCGCUCGGGACCGUGCCUAUGUGGCAUCUCUGCUCACUGUCGCACUUCACGGGAAGCUCGAAUACUUCACUGACAUCCUCCGUACUCUGCUUAGUGACCUGGUGGCCCAAUAUGUGGCCAAGAACCCCAAGCUGAUGCUGCGCAGGACAGAGACUGUGGUGGAGAAGCUGCUCACCAACUGGAUGUCCAUCUGCCUCUACACCUUUGUGCGGGACUCCGUGGGUGAGCCUCUGUACAUGCUCUUCCGAGGGAUUAAGCAUCAAGUGGACAAGGGUCCCGUGGACAGUGUGACUGGCAAAGCCAAGUACACCCUGAAUGACAACCGCUUGCUCAGAGAGGAUGUGGAGUACCGUCCCCUGACUCUAAAUGCUCUUCUGGCUGUGGGGCCUGGGGCAGGAGAGGCCCAGGGUAUACCUGUGAAAGUCCUGGACUGUGACACCAUCUCUCAGGCCAAGGAGAAGAUGCUUGACCAGCUGUAUAAGGGACUGCCUCUUGCCCAGCGGCCAGACUCUCGCACCUUGGAUGUUGAGUGGCGGUCUGGAGUGGCCGGGCACCUCGUCCUUUCUGAUGAGGAUGUCACUUCUGAGAUUCAGGGUCUGUGGAGGCGUCUGAAUACCCUGCAGCAUUACAAGGUCCCAGACGGAGCAACGGUGGCCCUCGUCCCCUGCCUUACAAAGCAUGUUCUCAGGGAAAACCAGGAUUAUGUCCCUGGAGAACGGACCCCAAUGCUAGAGGAUGUAGAUGAGGGGGGCAUCCGGCCCUGGCACCUGGUAAAGCCAAGUGAGGAGCCAGAGCCUCCCAGGCCGCGGAGGGGCAGCCUUCGGAGUGGGGAACGUGAGCGAGCCAAGGCCAUUCCUGAGAUCUACCUGACACGCCUGCUGUCCAUGAAGGGUACACUGCAGAAGUUUGUAGAUGACCUGUUCCAGGUGAUCCUCAGCACCAGCCGCCCUGUGCCUCUAGCUGUCAAGUACUUCUUUGACUUGCUGGAUGAACAGGCUCAGCAGCACGGCAUCUCUGACCAGGAUACCAUCCACAUCUGGAAGACCAACAGCCUGCCGUUGAGGUUCUGGAUCAACAUCAUCAAAAACCCACAGUUCGUGUUUGACGUGCAGACGUCCGAUAACAUGGACGCCGUGCUCCUCGUCAUUGCACAGACCUUCAUGGAUGCCUGCACCCUGGCCGACCACAAACUGGGCAGGGAUUCUCCCAUCAACAAGCUUCUGUAUGCCCGAGAUAUUCCCCGCUACAAACAGAUGGUGGAAAGAUACUAUACAGACAUCAGACAGACCGUCCCGGCCAGUGACCAAGAGAUGAACUCGGUCCUAGCCGAGCUGUCCCGGAACUACUCUGGUGACCUUGGGGCGCGCGUGGCUCUGCAUGAACUCUACAAGUAUAUCAACAAAUACUAUGACCAGAUCAUCACUGCCCUGGAGGAGGACGGCACUGCCCAGAAGAUGCAGCUGGCUUACCGGCUCCAGCAGAUCGCUGCUGCCGUGGAAAACAAGGUCACGGAUCUAUAGGGGACCAGGGAGUCCUGGCCUGCUAUACCUUAGCACCUCCUGGGCAGCCCUGGAAUCUCAAGGGGGAGCCACCUUUGUAGAUGCCUGUAGUGACUGAGAAGCAGAUUUUAAUGAAAGGUGGCUCCCAGUCUCCUGCUGGCUUCAGCCCCGUUGGGCCCACCUUGUAGGCCUGGGACCUAGUGGCUCAGUGGGUAGUGCCAGGCCUGCCCCAAGCCUGUUGACUCUGACAUCCUUUCCUGGGUGACGCCAGCCUGCAGGGAGCUGGGGACUUACGGUUUCCAGAGAAUGUCUGGUAGGGCCUCUGGGCCCCUGGGGACACUGUACUGUUCUGCGCUGGCCUGUGUCCCAUGAGGACUCACAGCAGAAGGAAGAGAGCCCUCCCACUUCCUGUCCUCUUCGUCCAUCCUCCUUGGUCUCAGUUUAGCUUCUUCUGUCUUUGUUCCCUGGUGCCAAUUGCAAGGCCUGAGAGGAAAAAGGAAAAAAAAUGCCUUUCCAGGAUGCUGCUGCCUCAACAGCCAUGGUGCCUCAGGCCCACCCUCUCUUCUGGGAGGCUGGUGGGGAGGGAGAGCAGUGGCCCACCCUGAAAGGAUAACACAUGGUGUGGAAUCUGACCAGGAACUCACCAACCCUUUUGCUAACCGGCAACUGUUGGGGACAUGGGCACAGUCACAUUCUGAAGGGUCUCCCGACCCCUAUGAAAGGCCUUACACUGUCAGGUGGCAGGCUCUGCUUCCUGGAAAAGAGAACUUGAAGCAUGAUAGGACUCAGGGAGAGCAGGGGCUGGAUGGGGAGGGCAGGUUCUCCAUCGUCAAGGGUUGCACCUUGUCUGCAGGUUGUGCUCAUGUCUCUACUCACGGUCCAUGAUUUUGAAAGGAAUUGAGAAAGUGUGGCAUCUUUAAAGGGGACUGCAGGCACCGUGGGUAUCAAGGGUCCUUGUCUAUGGCCCUGUUUCUGGACCCACCCGAUUUCCAGAUUGCUGUCUGUGUUGAGGUACCUUAAGACAGGGGCUCAAAGCCGACCACCUGCCUGUGAGGUGGCCCAUUUGCAUGGCAUUUUCCUGUUUGAAGUUGCCGGUGAGCUUCAAGACCAAUGUACUGAGGUGUCUGUAGCUGCCUGGAUCAGCAGAGCUGGAGGUGGGAAGUGCCCUGGGCCCCACUAGGGCACCCCCUUGGCCAGCCACCUUUGGGGUCUUACCUGAAGGUUUGAAGAGAUGGGCUGAUACAUUUCCAGGAGGAGGCCUUCUUUGUCAUCUCCAAAGUCCUUGUCUUCAAGAGAGCAGGAGCCAUGUUGGUUUUCAUUCCAGCGGUAACCACAGCUGCUAUUUCUGUCAGCUCUAACAUCCCGUCUUGCCCAUGCCUGUCCGAUGUGGGAGCCACAGCCACAGAUGGGGUCAGCAGUCGGGUCCGCAUUUGGGAGCUGCGAACCUCAGUACUAAUAAUAGCUGUCUUAGUCCAGAUUCUAUCCUCACUCAGAAUCUCUGCCUCUCCCAGGGCUGACCAUGGGGUUGACGGGGGAAUGAGGUCUUGGCUAGACUUCAGACAGGCACAGGGAGGGAGGCAGCUUGAAUCAACACGGGGAGAGAGUUGCACCUCUGCUCCAGGCUUGCUUCUGCCGUCUUUGGGAGUCCUUUGGGAGGCGGGGGUUCCUGGGGAGGAAGGCCGAGUACCGGCGUGCUUGGGCGUGCACUCACGGGAAGGGCGAGUCCUGAAGAUGCUCUGAAUCACUCAUGUCUCAGCCUCACAGAACACUGUGAUAAAAGAUGUCGUGAAAAUAAAACCUUACCACAUACGAUAGGAAGCUAAGUCUUGACUCAAACACUGUGGCCAAGAAUGGCCGUGCCCGUGCCAACAGGACUUGGCGAUGGUUCACUUGGGUCGAAGCCCGUUUUAGUUUGGUCGGUCUUCUCCCUUUCUCUCCAAGUUCGCAAAGGUGUGCCCUCCUUGUUUUUCACGGACUUGAUAGUGCACAAAGGCCCUUUGUAUCUCACUUUCCCCACCAGUUUAAAUAUUGGAGUAAUUGUCUGGAUUUUACAUAUAUUUAUUUUUAAUUCUUCAAGAUAGGGGUUCACUGUUUCUCUCUGGCUGCCAUGGAACUUGCUAAGCAGACCAGCCUGGCCUUGAACUCAGUCAUACUGCAGCUGAACUAAAGGUGUGAAUCCCCACACUCGUGUGUGUGUGUGUGUGUGUGUGUGUGUGUGUGUGUGUGUGUGUGUGUGUAUUUUAACAUAAGAAUGGUGCUUGUGGGUGUGUAACAUCUGGAUUUGUGCUGAUGAGCACCGGGGUCACUUUGGAGGUCACCUUGAACCUUGGAAAGGGACAGGAGCACAGGAGACCACUGACUGAUGUCCAGUCUAGACUAUGCUGGGCCACAGCGUAGACCCACCUUGUCUUUCCCCUGGGCAGCAGUGCCCACCAGUGCCUGUGUUACCAGGAUCCUGCAGAGAACACACUAAAAAGUGCACAUGCACCCCCGGUCUGCUAAGGCAGGGGUUCAUGGCUUCAUCUUCUUUCAGGAUCCUGUGUCAAAGAUAAAAGCUGGAAAGAUCACAGUGGUUACCAGCACUUGCUCUUUCAGAGGACCUGAGUUCUGUUCCUGGCAACCACAUUAGGUGGCUACCACUUAAAUUCCAUUUCCGGCGGAUCUGAUGCCCUCUUCUGGCCUCUGUGGGUACUUCACUGACACACUUUCCCAUGACCACAAGUCUUGAUAAAUUCUCAUACCUGCAUGCAGAUUUUCCUAGGGUCUUGGCCUAGGUUAGCCUGGUUUUCACAGUAUUGCUCCUGCCUCAGCCCGCUGACUACAGAGAUGUCAGCUCAGCGCCACCAGGCCCGGCUGGAUCUCAGAAGCCUGCUCAGCAGAGAAGAGUACUCACUGCUCUUGCAGGAGA